UUAAAUAGCUCACUGACAGACAAUGACCCUGGAUCAACACAAGGCCUAUAUAUGUAUAUAUAUAUUUAUAUGUGUGUGUGUGUGUGUGUGUUGCGCCGAUCUUAGAUAUACCUUGUCUGUGGGUCCUAUUUCCUUUUGACCAAAAGUCAAAAUCAGUCCUUUCACUACAUUCUUUUCUCCUUCAUUUCUACAGUGUUUAAAGGGGUACUCAAAUUUUUUUCUGAAGUGAAGCAGUAUUAAGUACAUGCCCACCCCCAACUUCAAUCCAUUUCUUUUCUUUUUCUUAUUCCUUUCCACGUUCCCUCUUUUUUUUUUCCCCCAGUUUUAUAAAACACAAAAAGCAACUUCUUUUACUAAAGCUCCCCACAUUCUGCUUUGCCACAACAAACUCCUAAUCAUAUUCGCCACUCUCUCACUCUACUCACUAGCUAAAACCCUUCUUUUUCUUUUUCUCCCUCAUAACACAACUCCUUCAUUCUUUAUCUCUCUCUCUCUCUCUCUCUCUCUCUCAAUUGUGUCUCCUGCAAAGCUUGUUUGAUUUCCAUCAAUGGAGACCAACCCAGUUCAGCUUUUUCUACAUCUUUCAUUUACACUUGUCUCAAUGGUUCUUGUUUCUGCUUCUGCAGCUGGUGAAGGUGUUGUUACAUCGAUCAAAACAGAUGCUGAAGCUCUAAUGAAGUUCAAGAAGAUGAUUCAGCAAGACCCAGACGGAGUUUUCUCAGGUUGGCAGCUUGACAGGAAUCCAUGUAGCUGGUAUGGAGUUUCAUGCUCCAUGGGGAGAGUAACUGAGCUCAAUAUCAGUGGUCGUCCUCUAAAGGGGAAUAAUAUAUAUCUUGAUCCUUUGGCUUCCCUAGACAUGUUAUCUUCUAUCACACUGUCUUUGAAUUCGUUCACUGUAAAUUCCACUUCUCUGCUUCAGCUUCCAUAUGGAUUGAAAGAGCUUGACCUUUCUUUUGGUGGACUUGUAGGUACAAUCCCUGAGAAUUUUUUCCCAAAGUUUCCAAAUCUUGUCUCUGUCAAUCUUGGUUAUAACAAUUUGACAGGUUCUGUACCUGAUGAUCUCCUAUUGAACUCUGAUAAACUUCAGUACCUAGACCUUUCUUCUAACAAUCUGACAGGGUCAAUUUCUGGUCUGAAAAUUGAGAAUUCUUGCAGUUCUCUGCUCACUUUUGAAUUGUCUGGGAACCGUAUAACCGGUACCCUUCCUGUCUCACUUUCAAACUGUACAAGUCUCCAAACUCUGUCAAUCCAUGACAAUUCUCUUACAGGGGAAAUCCCAAAAUCUAUUGGGGACCUUAAUAGUUUGCAGAAACUAGAUCUCUCUCGCAAUCAAAUCACUGGUUGGAUCCCGUCUGAAUUAGGACAUGCAUGCAACUCGCUGCUUGAAAUUAAGCUCUCAAACAACAACAUUUCAGGUCCAAUCCCAGACUCCUUCUCUUCAUGUUCUUUGCUGCAAAUUCUCGAUCUUUCAAACAACAACAUAUCAGGACCCCUUCCAGAUUCUAUCUUUAAGAAUCUUGGUGCAUUGGAGAGCUUGUUGCUGAGUAACAAUGGCAUCACUGGACCAUUUCCUUCUUCCAUAUCAUCUUGCAAGAGAUUACAGAUCAUAGACUUCAGUUCCAAUAAGAUUUCCGGUUUCAUCCCAAAAGAUAUAUGCCCGGGAGCCGCCUCACUCCAGGAACUUCGAAUGCCAGAUAAUCUUAUCGUAGGAGAAAUCCCUGCUGAAUUAUCUAAGUGUUCCCAGCUGAAGACUAUUGAUCUUAGUCUUAAUUAUCUAAAUGGGUCGAUUCCACCAGAGCUUGGGAGGCUUGAAAAUCUUGAGAAACUAAUAGCAUGGUUCAAUGGGUUGGAGGGGAAAAUCCCACCAGAGUUAGGAAAAUGCAGGAAUCUCAAGGACCUUAUUCUCAACAACAAUCAGCUUAGCGGUGAAAUUCCAGUUGAAUUGUUCAAUUGCGGUAAUCUUGAAUGGAUAUCACUUACAAGCAAUAAACUGAGCGGUGAGAUCCCACGUGAGUUUGGCACUUUGACAAGACUGGCUGUGCUCCAACUUGGAAACAAUAGCUUCACCGGUCAGAUACCAGGAGAGCUGGGAAAUUGCAGCGGUUUGGUUUGGUUGGACUUGAACAGCAACAAGCUCACUGGUGAGAUUCCACCUCGACUCGGAAGGCAGCUUGGUUCUAAACCAUUGACUGGAAUACUUUCUGGCAACACUAUGAUGUUCGUACGUAAUGUCGGAAAUUCUUGUAAAGGAGUUGGGGGUCUGUUGGAAUUUGCUGGUAUCCGACCUGAAAGACUUCUGCAAGUUCCCACAUUGAGGACUUGUGAUUUCACAAGGUUGUAUUCUGGUCCUGUCCUGAGCCUCUUUACACAAUACCAAACUUUGGAAUAUCUGGAUCUGUCUUAUAAUGAGCUUCGCGGUAGAAUUCCUGAAGAGAUUGGGGACAUGAUCGCCUUGCAAGUCCUAGAAUUAGCGCACAACCAGUUAUCUGGUGAGAUUCCUUCCUCACUUGGGAGGCUUAAAAACUUAGGGGUAUUUGAUGCUUCACAUAACAGAUUGCAGGGUAAUAUCCCAGAUUCAUUCUCGAACUUGUCAUUCUUGGUGCAAAUCGAUCUAUCCAAUAAUGAUUUAACCGGGCAAAUUCCAUCAAGAGGGCAGCUAAGUACACUUCCGGCAUCACAGUAUGCCAACAAUCCAGGACUUUGUGGGGUUCCAUUGCCAGAGUGUCAGAACAACAAUGACCAACCAACCAUAGCCACUCCGGCUGACGAUGGAGGAAAAGGGGGUCGAAAAGCAUCAGCCACGACCUGGGCUAAUAGCAUUGUCUUGGGGAUUCUCAUUUCCAUUGCAUCAAUCUGUAUUUUGAUUGUGUGGGCAAUUGCAAUGCGUGCAAGAAGAAGGGAGGCAGAAGAAGUGAAGAUGCUUAGUAGCUUGCAAGCAUCCCAUGCAGCCACCACAUGGAAGAUUGAUAAAGAGAGAGAACCACUGAGCAUCAAUGUUGCAACUUUCCAGAGACAGCUCAGAAAACUCAAAUUCUCCCAGCUUAUUGAGGCUACCAAUGGGUUCUCAGCUGCAAGCCUUAUUGGGUGUGGAGGGUUUGGAGAAGUGUUCAAGGCAACUUUGAAGGACGGAUCAAGUGUUGCAAUCAAGAAACUUAUAAGAUUGAGUUGCCAAGGUGACCGUGAAUUCAUGGCAGAAAUGGAGACUCUGGGGAAGAUCAAGCAUAGAAAUCUUGUGCCUCUACUGGGUUAUUGCAAAGUUGGUGAAGAGAGACUCCUUGUAUAUGAAUUCAUGGAGUAUGGCAGCCUUGAAGAAAUGCUACAUGGGAGAACAAAGGCAAGGGAUCGGCGUAUUCUAACAUGGGAAGAGAGGAAGCAAAUUGCAAGAGGUGCAGCCAAGGGACUCUGCUUUCUCCACCACAAUUGCAUCCCUCAUAUUAUACAUAGAGACAUGAAAUCAAGCAAUGUGCUUCUAGACCAUGAAUUGGAAGCAAGAGUUUCAGAUUUCGGAAUGGCAAGGCUAAUAAGUGCACUUGACACCCAUCUAAGUGUAAGCACACUUGCAGGAACUCCUGGCUAUGUCCCACCUGAGUACUAUCAAAGCUUCAGGUGCACCGCAAAAGGCGAUGUGUACUCCUUUGGGGUGGUCCUGCUUGAAUUGUUGACAGGAAAACGCCCAACCGAUAAGGAGGACUUUGGGGACACUAACUUGGUGGGGUGGGUGAAAAUGAAGGUGAGAGAAGGGAGACAAAUGGAAGUAAUAGACCCGGAGUUGCUCUCAGUAACAAAAGGAACCGACGAAGCAGAAGCUGAAGAAGUUAAAGAGAUGGUAAGGUACCUGGAGAUUACAUUGCAGUGUGUGGAUGACUUCCCUUCCAAAAGGCCUAACAUGUUGCAGGCAGUAGCAAUGCUGAGAGAGCUUAUGCCUGGAUCAACGAGUGGAAGUAGCAACAGUUCUUGAGACAGUGGGGUUUGUUUAUUUAUUAUUAUCAUUGUAUGAAUAUAAGGCUUGUAAUUUUGUUGCUCAGCUUUUGAAGAGUUUCCUGUAACUAAUUUGAAAAGCCUUUUUUUUUUUUUU